AUGGGCAAGUCAUCAAAAGACAAGCGAGAUGCCUACUACCGUCUCGCCAAAGAAGAAGGCUGGCGCGCACGAUCAGCCUACAAACUCCUCCAAAUCGACGAAGAGUUCAAUCUCUUUGAAGGAGUAACGCGAGUCGUCGACCUCUGCGCUGCGCCAGGAAGCUGGAGCCAAGUACUCUCCCGCGUGCUGAUCAAGGGUGAAACCUUCGGACGAGCAGGCUGGUCGCAAAAGCAAGCAGCAACGAAACAACAUGUCCUCGGUCUCGACAAAGACGAGAGGGAAGAGACCACAGCAUCCGCCGUCCAGGCCCCGAAACCAAGAGACAACGUCCGCAUCGUCGCAAUCGACCUCCAGCCCAUGUCGCCCCUCGAAGGCGUAACAACAAUGCGCGCCGACAUCACACAUCCUUCGACCAUCCCGCUCAUGCUCAAGGCCCUGGACCCGGACACCUACGACGCCUCUUCGCCAACAUCCUCCUCUCCCGUCGACCUGGUCAUCUCCGACGGCGCGCCCGACGUCACCGGCCUGCACGAUCUUGACAUCUACGUGCAGUCCCAGCUCCUCUGGGCUGCGCUCAAUCUCGCGCUGUGUGUGCUCAAGCCCGGCGGGAAAUUCGUGGCCAAGAUCUUCAGAGGGAAGGAUGUCGAUCUGCUGUUUGCGCAGUUGAAGAUCGUCUUCAAGCGGGUGAGGGUUGCGAAGCCGCGGAGCAGUCGCGCGAGCAGCAUCGAGGCGUUUGUCGUGUGUGAGGGCUUCUGUCCGCCGGUGGGGUUCAAAGCGAGUCUCGAUAAGCCGUUGGGCGCUGGGACACAGCUCUCGACAGACACACCAAUGGACACAGCGCCCAAGGAGCAGAAGACAGUCCAGCGCACUGUCCGCGCCGAUGGCGCCGUGGAGCUCGACUUUGGCACCGAGGACGAGGAGGAUGAUCCGGAAGAAGGUGGGCAGCGGUGGAUAGCGCCGUUCCUGGCGUGUGGAGACUUGUCGAGUUACGAUUCCGACGCCACGUAUAAGUUGCCCAAGGAUAGAAUUAGUCUUGAUCCUGUGCAGCCGCCCACGGCGCCGCCAUACAAGCGGGCGCUGGAGAUGCGGAAGUUGGCUGGGGGUGCGUACGGGAAAACAAAAGGGAGGACGAUCAAAGACAAAGCCUGA